AUGGAUUUUAUUGAAAAUCGAUAUAACCACAAAAGAUGUACAUUGCGCCUUUCACCUCUGACAGAUAUUGUGUUAUUUCGAGUCGAAAUUGUAGUUUUAACAUACGAUAACAAUCAAUGCCGAUAUGAGGGAGAAUACUCACACGGAAAGCGACAUGGUGAAGGCAAAUGUGUUUACAGAAAGUCAGAGUGUAAAGAAUGGGUUGGACAAUGGGACGAUGAUAUGUGGUAUAGAGGGAUUUCAAUAUUUAAUUCCGGAAAUAAUUGUACAGGUGUAUGGAAUGGUAAUAAACUAGGAGGAAUGUUCAAGCACGAUGUUGGUGAUGUCUAUAAAGGAGCAUGGAUUGAGGGAGGCAUUGCCCACGGCUUCGGGUCUGCUCAAUAUACAAAUGGUUCCACAUACAAAGGAAGUUGGGCAUUUGGGAAGCGAAGUGGACAUGGUAAAAUGAUCUAUCGAAACGGCAGAGUAUAUGAGACAGAAUGGGAAAAUGACCAUUGUUUUAUAUGGGGAGUAGACCUGCUUCCACUGAUCGAAAACAUAACGUUGUUAAACGAAAACAUUGAAAAAGCAAACACUAUUUCCUGCAGAUACAAAUAUUUAAAACAAUUGAAAUGGUAUAUGAAUGCAGAAAUGGAGGUUUCACAAUCUUUUCAACGGCCAUUAGAGCGAUUUUCGACUAUAUUAGAAACCGUCUUGGAUCAUAUACAUCCAGAACAUAUGAACCAUUUUAUUAAUGAGCCAUAUACAGAUGGACGAUGUAAAUGGAAUCUCCUGCUUAUUGCGGCUAAAGACGGUUAUUAUAAUAUUACUGAAAGAUUAAUCAAAGAACUCAACGUUAAUAUUGAAGCGGAAGGAGUUGUUGAAUAUGAAAAUUGUAUUAUACGAGGAGCGAGUCCACUAUGGUGUGCAGCGGCUUCUGGACAUUUAAAUAUUGUUAAAUUAUUAGUUAGCUAUGGAGCAAAUGUCAAUCACUACACCGAGACACAUUCCACACCACUAAGGGCAGCAUGUUUCGAUGGUAGAUUGGACAUUGUCAAAUAUUUAAUAGAGCAUGGAGCAGAUUAA